AUGUCACCUCGUAUUGUGAAAGUUUCUUCUCGUCGUUACCAUAGUCAUCGAUUGCGACUCAGUUCAUCUCAUUAUACAUUGCCAAGAGAGAUACCAUCUAGUAAUUCCAUUCGUAUAAGUUCUCGAUCAAGCAAUAGAAUUCGACCUAUAGAUCAUAGAUUAAUCGAUUCAACAAAUGCUGCAAAAUGUAUUAAUAAUAUCAAUGAAAAGUCAACGGUCAUAAGAGAAGGAAAUACUUAUGAGCAUGCAACUGCACCUUUAUUUCUGCGUUGGAAUUCAACAGGUAUAACUGUAGCCGGGAUUUCAGGUGUAUCUGGUGCUGCAGCUAAUCAACUUAACCAUCCAUGGGGAUUGGGAUUUGAUUCUUCUUAUGCAUUAUAUAUUGUUGAUCGAAUCAAUAAUCGUGUGCAAAAGUGGGAUAUAAAUGCAUCUACAGGUACAACUGUAGCUGGUCAAGCAAAUGCUACGGGUGGUUCUACUUUAUACCAUUUAAAUCAACCGACAUUUAUUCAGUUUGAUUCUUCUGAUAAUAUUUAUGUAACCGAUGUAGGAAAUCAUCGUGUUCAAUUUUGGCACUACGGUGCACGUUCAGGCAGUACAAUAUGUGGAACUGGUAUAGCUGGUAAUUCAACUAAUCAAUUGAAUCAACCUUUUGGUAUUGCACGUGAUUCAAUUACUAAAACUCUUUACGUAGCAGAUUAUGAAAAUCAUCGUAUAAUGCAGUAUCAAUGGGGUCAAUUAUCAGGUACAGUAGUUGCUGGUGGCAAUGGACCUGGAACAAAUAGAACACAAUUAUAUCGUCCUGUUGCUGUUCACUUUGAUUCUUCAUCGAACAGUCUUAUUAUUGUCAAUUAUGAUGCUCAUAAUGUCGUUCGUUGGAUAUUAGGUGCUAGUAGUUGGACAUUAGUUGCUGGUAGUAUUAAUGGAACUUCUGGUAACUCAUCAACAUUACUUAGUAAUCCUAUCGGUGUUAUGCUCGAUCCAAUGAAAAAUGUAUAUGUUAUAGAUAGAAAUAAUCAUCGGGUACAAUUAUUUUUGACUGAUCAAUUGAAUGGUAUCACAAUUGCAGGUGUAACUGGCUUAAAUGGAAGCAAUGCCACAUUACUUUAUUAUCCUUAUGCAGUGAUAUUCGAUGCUGAACUUAAUUUGUAUGUUGCUGAUAGAUACAAUCAUCGAGUACAAAAAUUUUUACGUUAUUAA